AAUGCCAUUGUGUUAGUUCAUGUCAAGCGUGAUGAAAAACUGAAAAUGGACGACCGCUAGUUUUUCUUUUGGCACGUGAACCCGAUUAUUAUUUUUUUGUUUAUUAAAUAAACGUUUGACCGUCAAACUGGGUACCAAAACGGUGGAGAGGUUCUUAAACCUUGCCGACGACCACUUCGUCGAAGAUGUCAGCGAAGACUUAAAAUGUUUUCUUGCCGAAAAAAAAGUUGACAGUGUCUUAGUAUUUCCUCCUGUAAGUAACUACCGUCGUUUCCUGAUCCAUCGUUGUGUUGAGGAACUCGCUCGUCCGGAACUAGCCACCUUCUCCAUUGGUGCCAAUAAUGAAAGACGUACCGUCGUCUGUUUCAGGGAACAGCUAUUAAGUGAUGAAGCUUGCGCAAGACCUAACAUGGGCCUGACACAGGAGAGGAACGAUGGAGUCCAGCAGAUCAGCGCCGAGUGCAAGGCGCGGGCGCAGCCUCAGGAAAAGAUCAGAUCCGGAUCCACCAAACCGCGUCGACCAGACAGAGCUGUUUACGUGCCUAGAGCGUUAAGAUCCAACGAGAACACAGAUGAUAGAGACAAAAAGAUCAACACUGAUUCAAAGUGUCCUAAAUCACCAGCGGAGAAGUCUGCCCAGGCGACACCAAAAAGAUCUCAAGACAAACAGUUCUGUAACGUCUACACGCCGCCUCAUCUAAGGAAUCAAAGAUCACAAAACGCAAGCCAAGCGACCAACGAAGCUAAAUCUGUGCCUUCCGUGCCAAUUAGUGAUAGUGCAAUACAUUUGAGUGAUAAUAUAUACAACUAUACCGAUGAUAGUAGUUUUUAUAUCGGCGAUUACUUUAGUAACGGCCAGUUAGGUUUGUACAGACCUGGGCUAUACGAUUACGGUACAGCCAACUACGAGGACAGCUGGAGGUCCAAUGAUUCAGACGAAGUGAAUAUGGCAGUCCAGGACAAUCAGCAUAAUGUUAUAAAUAACGAAUAUAUAUAUAGCAAAGACGAGGAUGUGGAUGAGAAAGAGCUGAAGAGAGCGUCGCAAGAGAUCAAUAGGAGCAGUAAGAGAAUUAUAAAACAGAGUUUCGAUUCUGACGUCCUGGUUAUAUCGGAUCCGAUAGAAGAAGAUCCUAGUCCAAAGAAGAAUAGUCAAAAUGAUGUGGAGAUUGUAGAGAAUAAAGAGCCGGAAAAGAAGAUUGGUAAACCUAAGUUGGAAGCGAAAGUGUCUUUGAAACGAGAAGAAAACGAUUGGGACGCCGUGUUCGAUGAGAGCGGUGAAUGCCUGGACCCCUCGUUACUUGAAGAGUUGACGUCAACAGUAGGCAAAGUCCACAUAAGCAAGACGAAGAACAGUUACGACCAGUACCAAACCAGAGGUCAGGCGUUAUUCAAUGGACCCUACGACGAAACUUUCGGUCACGUGGUUGAAGUUUACGAUUUCCCCAGUGAGUUUAAAACGAACGAUCUGCUGUCACUGUUCAGUGAGUACAAGGACACCGGCUUCGAAAUUAAAUGGGUGGACGACACGCACGCGCUCAUAGUGUUCAGCAGCGCCAAGAUUGCUGCGGAGGUGCUUUCCAUCCAGCGUUCGUUGGUCAAGUGCCGACCCCUCCACGCCGCUACCCUCGAGUCUAGGAACAAGGCAAAGAAAUGCGCUGAAUUCCUACAACCUUAUCGUCAACGACCGGAGACGUGUACGGCGCUCGCUAGACGUCUGGUAUCCGGAGCUCUCGGCGUCAAACUGAGUACAGCGCGCCAGGAACGAGCUGAGGAGAGGAGGAUCAUCACUCUAGCUAGAGAGAAGAAGCGUCAAGCGGCCUUACACAAGGAGGCGGCCUGGGACGGCUCGCUCGCUGAUCACUGCGGGGGCGCGGCACCCUGACGACACACACACAUAGGGUCCGCGGGCCAGCACGCGUGCCUACAAACGAUACGUUAGAAUAAAAACGAGCUCUCAAAUACUAUAUUUACUUAAUGUUAAAUUAAUUAUAGGUAAAGAUAUUUUUUUCUAAACGACUAAGUAGUAUAAUGCAAAGAGGUUUUCAUCCGAUUUUAAUUGAUAUGGGAUUAUUUGGUUUUAGUUAGUGAUUAGAUUCCUGAUCCGACCGCGAGGUGUCGCUGGGUAAUAUAAGUUUUCAAUGCACGCGUCGACGGAGGUAUUCAAAUUUUGAAUUAUUAUUGUUUGUAUCCCAGCGACAUCUAGUGUCGUAACGUGUGUACUAAUUUGGUGAAGUAUUUCCUAAGCGAAAAGUGUUAAUAUUUAAGUUGCUAUCAGUCAUUUCUAACAUUAACGUCACAAUGCGUGUUUAUAAUUACAGUUUAAAAUACGUAGAAAUUAAUUCUUGAUGAUUUUUUUAUUUCAACCGACGAGUAAUUUGUAUGAAAUUACCAACUCAAUCAUUUUGUUUCACAUAUGCUAAAAACUGUCUGAUUAUUUGUAUAGUUUUUUUUUUUCACUGUAGAGCCAAUUUGUUAGUUAACCCGACCCGACAUGCUACGGGUUAAUCAAUUUGCCGGACUACCCACAGCUAGUGGUUCACAUAAAAAAAAAGUUGAAAUUAUGUUAAAAUUAAAACGAAAUGAUUUAAUGCUAGAUAAAUGACUCCGCUUAUGAUAUAUGCAUAUUAUUUUUUAUUAAUAAUCGGUUGUUGAACCGGGGAUUUAUUUAGUUAUAUAACAUUAGUCUUAAGAUGGCGUAACUGUUCUGUGUUUGUCACGAAUAACUCAAUUUUAUUAUUAAUAUGAUUAUUAUUUUUAUUUUUUUUUUGUAAUUCUUAUUAGUUCUAGGUUUAUUGAUUCUCGUUCGUAAAAUGUAUAUAUUUUUAUUGACCGGUUAUAUAACAAACAAAUCUCUGUUUAGGGUAUGUUUAAAAAAAAAAAUAGUUUUCUGUUUGCACCAAAGACAAACAACAUUACUAUGCCCACGCUUAGAAUUAAUAUUAAUUUAAUUUUUUUUAACCAUAUAUAUAUAAACUUCUUUCGUUAUAAUGUAAUCUCAUUACUUCUAAGUUUAUACCAAAUAUUAUUGCAUAAUAGAAUAUUAUCGCUCACUUAUAUUUUCGUUGUGAGUCUCGUGCCUUUGUGUCUAGUCUAGCGGAUGCAAAACCUCUUUUUUUUUAAACUAGUAAUAGAAUAAUUAUUAGGCUAUAUGCACACUGUAUGUCGUAAGGGUUUUUUCUUAUCCAUCAGCUGAUUUGUAAUUAGUGAGGACGUACUACGUAUUGUACGUACAUUGAGCCAACUUAAAACCGAAUUAUACUUAGCAACGGUAUAUUUCAGUAAAUUCUUUGCCCUAUCAAGGAAAUAAUGUGAUCGGCUCUAUAUUGUGGAUUAAGUAUUAAUGUGUGCGCUUUAAAUUAAAAAAAAAAUAUGACAAAACUGUUUGUUCAAACCAAGUUCAAAAACUGCCUUCGUAUUUUUUAAUCUGUGUGUACAGUGUAUUAUCUUCAUAGAAAAAUUGGGCCCAUUUUAACGAAAUGUCAAUAUUUCCACCCUAGGCAAAUUGUGUUAAGCGAGUCAGUUGUUAGUUAAAUAACAUAGUAAUAGACGCGACUCUUUAUAUAUUUAUCAAAAAAGGUGUGAAUUUUUUUCUCAAUUAAAAUUUUUAAAACGGUAAUAAAUAUAAAAAAAAAAAAAUAAUAAUAAUAUAAUUCCCGUGAACCCUCUGAGUCACAUCGUGUCUAAUCUCUCAUGAUAGAUGUAAGUUGAACGAGUGCUAGGGGAAUAUUUUUACAAUGGAUAACCAAUAAAAUAAAUAUAAAGGGAUACAAAGAAAAUCAUAUAUUUUUCUAUGUUUUUAUAAAGUGCAAUAAACAGUUGUCUAAUAAAUGUCUGCAAUUUCAUUGAUGUCGUACCGUCCAUUAUGAUUUCAGCCUACUUGAAUUAAUAUGGAAAUCGAUUAUAAUAUUGUUACUGCGUUCUAGAAUAGUCUAUGGACGUUGAUGUUACCAUAUCCACGGCAUUUUUUGGUAAUUUGUUUUGUUACAUUCCCGCUGCAAAAAAAAAACUAGGUUUUCCAUAAAAUGUUUCGUUUGAUUUCAUUUGAAAAAAAUAAAUAAUAAAAUACGAAUACUAUCUGUAAUGGCAACACUCACAAUUGUUGACGUUUGUUGGGUCAAUGUCAAAUAUUUUUGUAUUUCCCGAAUAUUUUUUUAUUUAUGAAAUAAAUGAUCAAAAAUUUA